CAGUUUCUUUGGCUCCACUUCAGGACCCUCCCUCGCGGAUGCGACUGGUCUCCUUCUCUCGCUUUACACUCUUCUCAAUGUUUAUACCGCUUGAAGAUUUGUGUGUGAGACCUUGAAACAAACGCUUUUUUUCCUUCCCCUUCUCAGUCUCGUCCUUGGAAAAGUGUAAGUGAGAUAUUAGAGCGACAAGAUAAUCCAGGAGUUCUUGGCCGGCAAGCUGGAGAUCUGGCUGACAUACCAUCUGUUGUCCAGGAGAGGACUCAAGCUCAGGCCAGCUAUUGGAUAUGUUUUGAUUGGAGAUGACACAGGCCAGAGACACAAAGAGACGAGGUUGACAUAGAAAAAAAAGAGAGAACUGAGGACCAUGCCGACUCUGCAGAGCUCCGCAGUCCUGCUGCUUUUUAGCUUCCUGAUUGGUCUGAGCUACUCUCUAAACCCAAGGGACCCCAAUGUGUGCAGUCUGUGGGAGAGCUUCACCACCUCAGUGAAAGAGUCCUACUCGCAUCCUUACGACCAUGUGACAGAGGAGCCCUGCUCGGACCCUCGGACCUCCUACAGAUGCACGCGCCACAGGAUCACCUAUAAGACUGCCUACAGGCAGGCGGUCAAGACAGACUACCGCAAGAGGUACCAGUGCUGUCCAGGUUAUUACGAGAGCAGAGACAAAUGCGUCCCUCGCUGCACCAAGGAGUGUGUCCACGGUCGAUGUGUUGCUCCGGACCGUUGCCAAUGUGAGGGAGGCUGGAGAGGCGACGACUGUUCCAGCGCCUGUGACGACACACACUGGGGAGCAGCCUGCAGUCAGCAGUGCAAGUGUGAGAACAGAGCUCUCUGUGACCCUGUUAAGGGGGCUUGUCAGUGUCCUCCGGGGUUCAUAGGACGCCUCUGCGAGGACUCCUGUCCUGCAGGCUCCUUCGGGAAGGGCUGCCUGCAGAGGUGCAAGUGUGGGACUGGAGGAUCCUGCGAUAAAGCCACAGGAGAGUGCUUAUGUCGGCAGGGAUUCACUGGAACUUUCUGUGAGAAGGCAUGUCCCAGUAAAUGCCAGGCACGAUGCCCCUGCCAGAAUGGUGGUAUCUGUAGGGGCAAAGGAAUCUGCGCUUGCCCCCCUGGAUGGAUGGGUGCAGUUUGCACAGAGCGAUGUCCAGAGGGAAGGUUUGGACCGAACUGUGCUGAGGAGUGUGUCUGUCACAACAGGGGCAAAUGUGACCCUGAAACGGGACAGUGCCAGUGUGCUAAAGGUUUCACUGGUAACAGGUGUAAUGAGGAGUGUGCUGCAGGCACUUAUGGUCAGGACUGCAAAGGUGUGUGUGACUGUGCUAACGGUGCACGCUGCUACAACAUUGAUGGAGGUUGUCUAUGUGAGCCGGGCUUCAGUGGGCCACACUGCAGGGACAGGAUGUGUGCACCCGGCAAAUACGGCAUGCAUUGUGAACGCACCUGUCUCUGCCAGGAUAAGCACACACUCGGCUGCCAUCCAAUGAAAGGAGAAUGCACAUGCCAGCCUGGGUGGGCAGGACUGUUCUGUAAUGAGACCUGUGCUCACGGUUUCUACGGUCAUGGUUGCCUGGAGCCGUGUCUUUGUGUGAAUGGAGGGGUGUGUGAUAGUGCCACCGGCCAAUGCCAGUGUGCCCCUGGGUUCACGGGAGUUCACUGUGAGAAACCAUGUAAAAGUGGCACCUAUGGCAAGAACUGCUCCCUGGAGUGCUCCUGUGAAAACUUUGUUGACUGCUCGCCCAUUGACGGGACUUGCUUCUGCAAAGAGGGUUGGCGAGGGCCUGACUGUUCCAUCCCCUGCUCUGAGGGAACCUGGGGCCCAGGAUGCAAUGCCACCUGCCACUGCGCCAAUGGAGCAAAAUGUAAUCCUGCAGAUGGAUCCUGCACCUGCACAGCCGGCUGGCAGGGGGCGCGGUGUGACCAACCCUGCCCGAUGGGCACGUUUGGGCCAGGCUGUCUGAAGAGGUGUGAUUGUGUUCAGGCCGAUGGCUGCCAAGCUACCACCGGGGAGUGCCACUGUCUGCCAGGUUGGUGGGGUCCUCGUUGUAGCGAGCCAUGUUCAGAGGGCCUGUGGGGGCGCCACUGUAACCAGACCUGUUUCAAGCAUUGCCCCAACAGUGACACAUGUGUGAGGGAAACUGGAGCAUGUGUGUGUCGCCCAGGCUACUGGGGAGUCACCUGUCAGAACAAAUGCAGAGCUGGUAUGUACGGUGACCAGUGCAGUAUGUCAUGCCCAUCCUGUGGCCAGUCGUACCGCUGCCACCAUGUGACAGGAGAGUGUGAUUGCCUACCUGGACAUACUGGAGCCAACUGUGAUCAAGUUUGUCCAGCUGGCUACUAUGGCAAACUGUGCUCUGAAGUGUGUGUUAACUGUGCCAACAACUCAACAUGCGACCACAGGGACGGUCACUGUGAAUGUUUGCCUGGCUGGACUGCUACGGACUGCUCCAUACCCUGUAGUCCAGGACGCUUUGGUCCAUUCUGUACUCAGACCUGUUCUUGUCCGACCAACCUCAUCUGUGACCGAUUUACUGGAGACUGUGUGUGUGAAGGUGGAGGAGAUGACUGCAAACAAGACUCGUCCGAGCAGUCAGGGAGCGUUAUGGUUCCUCUUCCUCCAGGUGAGAGGGAGUCGUGGGGCGCCAUUGGUGGCAUCGUCGUGCUCGUCAUCCUGGUGGUCUUGCUGCUGGCUCUGCUGCUGCUCUACCGCCGCAGGCAGAAGGACAAGCAGAACAACACGCCGACUGUCUCCUUCUCCACCAGCCGCACAGUCAACUCUGAGUACGCCGUUCCAGAUGUUCCUCACAGUUACCACCACUACUACUCCAACCCCAGCUACCACACACUGAGCCAGAACAGGCCUCCACUGCCACACCUCCCCAACAACCAUGACCGCACCAUCAAGAACACCAAUAACCAGCUGUUCUGCAGUGUGAAAAACAUGGAGAGGGAGAGACGGGGCCUGUUUGGGGUCGAGAGCAAUGCCACUCUACCUGCAGACUGGAAACACCACGAGCCCCGCAAAGACUCAGGAGCUUUUGGAAUCGACCGGAGCUACAGCUACAGUGCCAGCCUUGGAAAAUAUUAUAACAAAGAGCUGAAGGACACAGUGGCAGUGAGCAGCAGCUCUCUGAACAGUGAGAAUCCUUAUGCUACCAUCAAAGACCUGCCCGGCCUGCCCUUCUGCCCGCCAGAGAGCAGCUACAUGGAGAUGAAGUCUGCCGUGCCCAGAGACCGUGCGUACACUGAGAUCAGCCCGCCACCGUUUAACACGGCUACCUUACGUAGAGAGCGUCAGAGUUCCCUCGGUCACGCUCCACACGAGGACCCCCAGAGCCACUAUGACCUCCCCGUGAACAGCCACAUCCCAGGACACUACGACCUGCCGCCGGUCCGCCGACCACCCUCCCCCAGGAGAACACCUCAGUGACAGUCACAGCAGCAGAGCAAGUUUCCCUCCUCCUCACUCUGGUGGGGAUGAUUUCAGCAAAGAAGGAGCUAACUUUAAGCUCUUCUCUGACAAUCAGAGCUGCAGACCACCCACAGAGCAGCGGUGAGGCGUCUGUCCCACCCAGGAACCCUUGUUUACUGUGGAUGCCCCCCUUUCAACUCAACACUGCCCCUUUGUGGACUAAAGUGUUACUUGCUUCACCGUGACAGACUUGUCAUCCAGACUGGGGAGCCAGCAGGCUGUGGUGAGGGAGGCUGGACUGUGGCGACGCCAUCGGGGCUUCAGCUGCAUUCACCUCCCAUGGGAAAAAUACACCAAAAGACUUCACGGUUAAAAGCAGCAACUUGGGAACGUUUAUGUGUUUGAACUCAUCUAAACUUGCUGUAAUUGAAGUUUUCCACACAUUUUGCUUGCAUCAGCUGUUGUGCGUGUUUAAAAGGCCCAAAUUUUCUUCUGUCUUCAUCAUCAAAAAUGACUUUAGUUUUGUUGACAUUGUUUUUGUUUUACUUUUAUAUUACAUUUUUAAAAUCCACAGGCAGCUUUGGAUGAACUCAUCGCAGCUGGACUACUUUUUGGUUUGCUCAUUGAAAAACCUUGUCAACCUCAAAAAAGGAAUGAGACAAAGGCCAUGGGACUAAAUAAUGUGGAAAUAAUCCCGCCAGUGUUGGAGUCUCUUUAUUACUUUCAGGAACCAAAGUACAAAGGUUUUUUUUUUUUUUUUUACCACCUGAAGGCCAAGAUGAACAGCAAUUUAAAUAUAAUUCAUAUCACUGUCUCUUCCAAAUGUGGCAUUUAGAUACACAAUGAUGUACGUAUCCUCUGCGUGGUUAAACAACUGUGGCUCACUUAUUGCUGCUGUCAGAUUAAAACUUUGUAAAUAUAGAAAUAAAUGUAUUGUUAGCUUUACAGUAAUGUGCACAGCCCUAUUUUAAGAUGAUCAUAUUGUUAAGGGGCUUGUGUGGUAGAACGUACAUACAAAUUUGCUCACUAAUUGAUACCAAAAGCUCAGUGUUAGCACAAACACUGUUUAUGUCGAGAAAAACAAACCAUCAUUGAGCAGGAAAUUACAAGCCAAAUCAAAGCAGCAUUAUGAAUGUCAAUGCAGUGUCCUACAGCACAUUUUGUCUUUGCAUGGUAUUUAAAGAGUGAAAAACAAAAAAAAAAAUUUUCUUAGGUAAAAUAGUACUCCAUCAAUUUAUCAUUGCACUCCUGUAACAUUGUCGGACUCAUGUAGGACAGUUCAAGGACCAGUGUGUAGGACCUAGUGGUAUGUUGAGAUGAAGUUGCAGAUUGCAAUCAACCAUUUGAAUAUAGCCCAGCCUUCCAGGGUUGAGUCAGUGUUUGGUUUGUCCAUUCUGGGCUACUGUAGAAACAUGGCAGUUCAACAUGGACUCCAUAGAAGAAGACCCACUUUCCCUGUAGGUAAAACGGUUCAUUCUAAGGUAACGAAAACACAACAAUAACCCCUAACCUUAACUCUUGUUUUCAGGUGAUUAUACACUAAUGAAAACAUUCAUAUGAAUAUUAUAAUAUCAAAAGCAAUGCAGCAGAACCAGAGACUGUCUUUUUAAUUCCAUGCAUUCUUCUUCAUUUUCUAAAUUUGGCAGCUACAUUACCCACAAUACAACUCAACCGCCGACAGUUAGGUCGGAGAUUUUGGUGUGUUGUGUUAGUAGCGGCUAAUGUAGCCUCGAGCCACUGGCCUCAAGCAGAGAUGAGGAGCGGUCCGCAGAGGUCCGAUGAGCUCUUUUCUUUCUAACUCCACACCUGCAGAUUUUAUUGAUGUUCAGAGUUGUAGUCUUCAGCCGCAACUGACCCUGACUCAAGUGACAUCACUUGAGGCAUUUUUUAUUAGACCUCAUGCAGCUCCCUCUGUAGCCACAACAUUUGGAUUGGAUAUAUAACUUGUGCAGUAAUACUCUCCUAGAUUUUGAUGUGUAAAAUCAGGGCACUUCCCCUUUAAAUCCUGGUCAUAUAAACAUCCUGAUACCUGCUGCCAAAGUGUCAGUUUUUAUCAAACCAUAUGACAGUGUCUUCAAAUGUUUAUUCAGCUCAACAGGGACACUCUAAGACUAGAUACUGCUGCUCCAAUGUUUGUUUUUUAUGUUUAAUACAUGUGAAUCAUUUAGCCAAAACUGCAUUUACAGUACAACUAUGGAAACUAUUGGUCAGUUUGCUUCAAAAUGCUUUAAAACAGUCUGGAAAAAAAGCUAUAGGCCGACCUUUAAGUGUGUCAUUAGCUCUCUAAAUUGUAUUUUGUCAACCAAAAUCUUGUGUUACCUAUUAAUAAUUUUAGAAAUUCUAUAAUGUGUUUGUUUUGUGUUGAAUUUGGAUCAAAUGAAGUGUUCUGUUAACUAGCUAAUAGAAACCCUGUGUACCAAAAGGAAUGUACAUUGUGCUUUAAAUGCUAUAGCUUUGAGUAGAGCUUCAGCUUUUUUAUAUAUGGCCAUAUAUUUUUGAAUGUAACCAUGGGAACAUGACGUGUAUAUAAUGUAAAUAAAAUUGGCUGCACUUUU